CAGGCGGGCCAGAGCUCCGGGGCACAGUUAGAGACGCACCCAAGGAGCAGGCAGUCCGCAUCCCGCAUCCAUCAACCGCCCUGCACCAUGAGCCGGCGGAGUGUCUCACUCCGGUUCCUGCUGCUUCUGCUGCUGCUGCCGCCAUCCCCUGUCCUGCCAGCGGCCCCCGGGUCACCCGCGCCGGUGAACCCCUGUUGUUACUAUCCAUGCCAGCACCGGGGUAUCUGUGUCCGCUUCGGCCUUGACCGCUACCAGUGUGACUGCACCCGCACGGGCUAUUCUGGCCCCAACUGCACCAUCCCUGAGCUAUGGACCUGGCUCCGGACUACUUUGCGGCCCAGCCCCUCUUUCCUCCACUUCCUGCUGACGCAUGGCCGCUGGUUCUGGGAGUUUGUCAAUGCCACCUACAUCCGGGACAUGCUCAUGCGUCUGGUACUCAUAGCGCGUUCCAACCUCAUCCCCAGCCCCCACACCUACAACGCAGCGCAUGACUACAUCAGCUGGGAGUCCUUCUCCAACGUGAGCUACUAUACGCGUAUUCUGCCCUCUGUGCCCCGAGACUGUCCCACGCCCAUGGGGACCAAAGGGAAGAAGCAUUUGCCAGAUGCCGAGCUCCUGAGCCGUCACUUCCUGCUCAGAAGGCAGUUCAUCCCCGACCCCCAAGGCAGCAACCUCAUGUUCGCCUUCUUUGCACAACACUUCACACAUCAGUUCUUCAAAACUUCUGGCAAGAUGGGUCCUGGCUUCACCAAGGCUUUGGGCCAUGGGGUCGACCUUGGCCACAUUUAUGGAGACAAUCUGGAACGUCAGUAUCACCUGCGGCUCUUUAAGGAUGGGAAACUCAAGUACCAGGUGCUGGACGGAGAGAUGUACCCGCCAUCGGUGGAAGAGGCGCCUGUGCUGAUGCACUACCCCCGGGGCAUCCCGCCCCAGAGCCAGAUGGCAGUGGGCCAGGAGGUGUUCGGGCUGCUUCCUGGGCUCAUGCUCUACGCCACACUCUGGCUGCGUGAGCACAACCGAGUGUGUGACCUGCUGAAGGCUGAGCACCCCACCUGGGGCGAUGAGCAACUCUUCCAGACGGCCCGCCUCAUCCUCAUCGGGGAGACCAUCAAGAUUGUGAUCGAGGAGUACGUGCAGCAGCUGAGUGGCUACUUCCUGAAGCUCAAGUUCGACCCGGAGCUGCUGUUAGGCACACAGUUCCAGUACCGUAACCGAAUUGCCAUGGAGUUCAAUCACCUCUACCACUGGCACCCGCUCAUGCCCGACUCCUUCUGGGUGGGCCCCCAGAACUACAGCUAUGAGCAGUUCCUGUUCAACACCUCCAUGCUGGUGGACUAUGGGGUCGAGGCCCUGGUGGACGCCUUCUCUCGCCAGCCCGCGGGACAGAUCGGCGGGGGUAGGAACAUAGACCACCAUGUCCUAUACGUGGCUGUGGAAGUCAUCAAGGAAUCGAGAGAGUUGCGGCUGCAGCCCUUCAAUGAGUACCGUAAGAGGUUUGGCAUGAAGCCCUACACGUCUUUCCAAGAGCUCACAGGAGAGAAGGAGAUGGCAGCUGAGCUGGAGGAGCUGUAUGGAGACAUUGAUGCCUUGGAGUUCUACCCAGGGCUGCUUCUUGAGAAGUGCCCUCCAAACUCCAUCUUUGGGGAGAGUAUGAUAGAAAUUGGGGCUCCUUUUUCCCUUAAGGGCCUCUUAGGGAAUCCUAUCUGUUCUCCAGAGUACUGGAAGUCGAGCACGUUUGGCGGUGAGAUGGGUUUCAACCUUGUCAAGACGGCCACGCUGAGGAAGCUGGUUUGCCUCAACACCAAGACUUGUCCCUACGUCUCCUUCCACGUGCCGGACCCCUGCCAGGAGAAUGGGCCUGGAGUGGGGCGGCCAUCCACAGAGCUCUGAGGGGGCAGGGCAGCAGCAUUCUGGAGGGUAGAGCUUACUGCUCAUCAUUCCAGAUGCUGAGGCCAGGGUUGAUAGUCUUCAGUGCUGGGUUUCUGAUUUGGUGUUGAGAGCAUCAGGGUGGACAUUUAGAACCCUGGGUCUCUCACCACGAUCUGGAAUACUGUGGUCUUGUUUGUCGAUCUAGAAUGCUGAAUUCCUGGUGAACCAUCUAGAAUGUUAGGAGUGGUUCUCCUUCGGAAUGCCGGAACACUGGUUUCCUGGUUGAUCACCUAGAAUGUCAGAUUUCUGGCUGAUCCAGAAUACAGGCAUUCUAAAAUAUGGGACUCCUGAUGGAAUCAUCUAGAAAGUUAAGGGGUUCUUAUUUUGCAUUCUAGACUUCUGGGUGGUCCUCCAGAGUGCUGACUUUCUGAUUGGUUAUUCAGAACAUGGUGUUCCUGGUUGCUGAUCCAGAACAGUAGCUGGUGUGCUAGAUCUGUCCUGUCCUGAAUGUCUGGAGCAUUGAUGAUUCAUUUCCCUGUUCAGUGAGACAUCCACAGAGCAGGGGAAUCUAAUGUCUAAUGAGAAUGCAUUGCCUGAAUCUGUGCCUGCACAGAGGAGGCAAGGAGGUGGGGUGUUCUUCUUGGGACCCCAACUGAGACCCUGGUCUGAGGCUAUAGAGAGAACAGGUGGCUUUUUCCAGGCCAUUGACUGGAAGCCACCAGAGCUCUGUCUUUGUCCAGAUCUUGACUCACGGCAGCUGUUUUUCAUGAAGUUAAUAAAGUUCUUUUUCCAAA